AUGUCGCGAAACCCCAACUUGCCCAUGAGCAUCGAUGCCAUGCUCGACAUGGAGCGCGAGGAGGUCCUGGCUCUGCUCGAGAGCAAGCAGUCAGGCAGCGCUGCAGGCGCCAUGCGAUCGAGUUCCCCCUACACCAACGUACCGCGCUCUCCCGUCCGGAGCAUGCUGGACGUCGGCGAUGACGAUGCUGGCUCUGCGCAUGGCCGCACCAGCCCGGGGCCCCAGCCUCCCGUCCGGAGCAUGCUCGACAUUGACGGACCGCCGCCCCCUGCCAAACCCGUCCGCAGCAUGCUCGACGUUGGCGGCCCAGCUGCCUUGCGGCCCAGCUCCCAGACCCGAUCACCAUAUAACAGAAGUGUGCCCAGCUCGCCCACCAUGGCCAACACAUCGCUCUACAAGGCCUCUUCCCAGCCUGCCAACUCUAGGCUUCACCCGCGGAGCUCCUCUGAUGCGGCAUUCAAGCCCGCCGACUUUGGCGCCAGAAAAUCACUUGGAAGCAAUGACCGCGUCUCAGAAUAUCAAUUCUCUGGCAUUUUGCCCAGCAGCGCCUCAGGAAACCUACCAGGCAAGCGGCAGUCGCAGAACAAACGGACCUCUGGCGGCAGCUCGCUGGCCGAUGCGCUGCGAGGCUAUGACUUUAGCGGUCUACAACUUCCCAGUCGUGUUAGGAACUCUUCGGCGAACCGUCCUGGAUAUCAUCAAUCCAAGUCGCCGCACAACCGCUGGAACGACCGAUCCAAGUCGCCUGCUGUGCCGCGAGACCCCAACCAGGUCAUGCUCAGCGAUGGACGGAUUGUGGACAUGAACAACGCGUACAGAAGACUUUCAGACGCCAACCUGGCCUUUUCGUCCGGCAGCCUCUCCCAGCUUCCCAUGCGGAAACGAUCCGACGACGCGGGAGCUGGACGCCUGGUCAAAGACUAUCUCGGUCCCGAUGGCGAGCACCUCGACUCGAGUGAUGACGACGACCAAUUUUCAUCGGAUGACGAGGAUCGUGGCCGUAAGAAGGCCCCGCGCGCUCUGAAUCCAGAUGCAAAGGGGGAAAGCGAGGACGACGACAAGUCUCGCUCUCGCUCAGGGGGAAGCAAGCGCGCCGCUCAGAGUCUGCUUGCUGCAGCCGAUGAGGACCGGUCCAACAUUGCAUCGCAGCAAAGUUAUCAGUACAGGUCCCUACUUGAGCCGGAAAUCAAGGUGACAAAUACGUCUGGUGAGACGGUCAAGCCUAGUAAGGCGGGCGUGCACCCUCACACCAGCUACGAUCAUAACCCAAAUUCCGCUACGCAAUCUGUUGUGGAUUCGGAUGAGGAGGCCGACGUCGACGACAUCAAGCGAGCACAGAAACUUUCCUUUACCAUGACGAAUGUUCUACACAACCCCGAAGCUCACAGAUCUAUUCGCAUCAUUUAUCGUGGCGAAUACCACAAAAUUGCGCAGAACGCCGAGGAGGAGAAUCACCGUCUGCGUAAGUAUCUGGUGGCGACGGAUUUGAGCGACGAAUCGACGCACGCGCUGGAGUGGGCCAUUGGAACGGUGAUUCGCGACGGCGAUACGCUGAUUGCGAUUUACUGCGUAGACGAGGAGACGGGCGUGACGGGCGAGGGGUCGCAGGUGCCCGACGACCCGGCGGCGAUGAAGGAGCAGGCGGCGGCCAUCAACACGGUGACCAACAACAGGAUGACGCCGGCGCCGCUCAGCCCGGUGACCGAGUUCAAGAAGCUGCACCGGCGCGACGACUCGUCAGGGACGACGGGCAGCUCGCCAGCGGCGGUGCGGGGCGAGCGGACCAAGACUGAGGAGGAGCGGGAGCGGGCGAUUCAAGGCAUGACGGAAAAGAUUUUGCGGCUUCUCCGGAAGACGAAGCUGCAGGUGCGGGUUAUUGUCGAGGUGCUGCACUGCAAGAACCCGCGACACUUGAUUACUGAGGUGAUUGAUUUGGUGAAUCCGACACUGGUGGUAAUUGGCAGCCGCGGCAGAAGUGCACUCAAAGGUGUCAUCCUGGGCUCGUUUUCCAACUAUCUGGUGACCAAGAGCUCGGUCCCCGUCAUGGUGGCGAGGAAGCGCUUGCGAAAGCAGAGCAAGUACAAGCAAAAGGCUAUUCGCCAAGUAAACAACCUGAGCAACCCGGCAGCGCGAAGCCUCGCGAGCGCCAAGAUAGACUGA